UUGCGUACAUAGGCAAGUAAAUAAAAUCGUUUUGGCCGAGAUCAUGGAGAUCCGAGCCUGGCAAGUGGAGUGUCCCGUAAGCACUCGCAUGCGACCCUUUUCAGUUGCCAAUCCAUGGCUAGAUACCAAAGGAGUGCAAACGAAGAUCCAAAAAGGCCCCCAAGAUACAAUUCCACAGCUUUGACACUGCGAGCUCGGCUCCGUUCUUUGCUUGCCGCGCCCGUCGACGUCCAUCGAUCAUCCGGCUAUGGAGGCGUUCUUCUGCUUGGCGCGGUGCCGGUUCACGCGACUCAUGGUGGCGAUGCAGCUGGUGAUGGGCGUGCUGGUGAUCUGCAUCAGCACGGCCAGCCUCCACCGUUUCUACACCACCGACCACCUCCUCCCGGGGCUCGAUGACUCCGCCCGCUGCUCCAAGCUCCACACCGCCGGCGCCGACGGGUACGCCAGCUUCGACAUGCGCGCGCUGUCGGACCGCGUCGACGACGUGCUCGUCCAGCUCGCGGAGCUGCAGGACAAGUUGGAGGCCACGGCGCUCAAGGUCGGGAAGAAGGCCAAGAAGGCCAAGGCUCACAAGCAGCAGCAGGAGAACAUGACGAUGCCGGAGUUCAGGCGGUUCCUGGAGGAGGAGGUGAUCCACCCGCUCUACAGCGCGCACAUCUCCCUGCGGCUGAUCCGCAUCCCGCGCCCCGACCCCGACGGCGAAGAUGACGCGGCCCUGGAGGUCGACCCGCUCGUCAACUUCUUCAUGGCGGAGGAGACGCGCAAGUACGUGACGACCAAGGGCAACCGCGAGGGCCGGCCGAGCGUGUACGGCACGAACCGGACGUACGGCAGCAUCGGCCACGCGUGCGUGCUGAUGCGGCAGGAGCUGGACGAGUACAUGAGCUACGACGUCGGCGCCUACUGCCCGGACGACUGGGACCUGGGCCAGCGCCUCAUGCUCGGCGGCUGCGACCCGCUGCCGCGCCGCCGCUGCCUCACCCGGGCCUCCAAGCUCUUCAACCGAACACUCCCCAUCAGCGAGUCCCUCUGGACGCUCCCCGACGAUGGCAAUGUCCGGUGGACCCGCUACCACUGCCGCAGCUACAAGUGCCUCUCCGCCAGGAACCCGCGGCCGGGCUACACCCGCUGCGUGGGGUGCUUCGACAUGGACAGGGAGAAGCAGCGCUGGAUGGUCAACACCACGCGCAACGCGUCCUCAACGAGCGCGAGCCUGGUCGACUUCUCCAUCGACGAGGUGCUGGCGGUGAAGCCAGGGGAGGUGCGGAUCGGGCUGGACGUGAGCGUGGGCACAGGCACCUUCGCGGCGCGGAUGCGGGAGCGCGGCGUGACCGUCGUGUCGGCGGCGCUCAACCUGGGAGCCCCGUUCGCGGAGACGGUGGCGCUGCGCGGGCUGGUGCCGCUCUACGCCACCAUGAGCCAGCGGCUGCCCUUCUUCGACAACACCAUGGACCUGGUGCACACGGCGGGGUUCUUCGAGGGGUGGGUGGACUUGCAGCUGCUCGACUUCGUGCUCUUCGACUGGGACCGGGUGCUCCGCCCCGGAGGCCUGCUCUGGGUCGACAGGUUCGCAUGCGCGCGCCGGGACCUCGACGACUACAUGUACAUGUUCCUGCAGUUCAGGUACAAGAAGCACCGAUGGGUCGUCUCCUUCAAGUCCAAGGAGGAGGUCUACCUCUCCGCCCUGCUCGAGAAGCCGCCCAGGUCAUGAUCGAUCAACAGAACCGACAAUCCUUCGACUGGUGUAUUUUGUAGUGUCGAUUAAUUAUUGGCUUGCUGUAAUUCUAGUUCUGAUUCAACCUAACAUGCAUGAUGGUGAAUAAAAUGCCAAGAAAGGAAAAGUUUUCUGGAA